AUGAAUGCAGUGCUAAUUGGAUUCAUCGACGUCGUGGAGAUGAGAUAUAACGUCCGCCGCUCCGAGCUCUUCUCACACUCCCAAUCCUCAACCCCCGAACCAGAAGCAGCAGACCCCGCCUCCACCACCCUGCUGCAAGCCCGACUAGCCGCUCUCUACGGCCCCCUCGACACCCUUCCUGCCCCCUCCGCCCCUUCGAAUCCUGCGAAUCCUCCCCCCAAGCACAAAGCAGCCGCAUCUCCGCACGCGCCGAACGGGGUUCGAGAUCAUGCAGACGCAGACGCAGACCCAGCGCAGGAAGGUGGAGAUAAGGACGAAGAAGAGCACGCCUUCGAAUUCCGCCUGUUCUCGGGGCCCUCCGCCUCCGCGCCACGGACACAGAAGAUCGUACUAGACGACGAAGCCUCGGAGCUCGGGGAAUGCGGGUUCAUUCGUCGAGAACGAGACAGGGCAUUCUACAUUGCAGCAAAAGCAGAAGGCGAAGCGCGGGCUCAAUUUCAAUUCGCAGCUCUAUCUGGAGAAGAUGUUUUGCAAGGAAUGAAGAGGAGGAAUUGGGGGCUCGAGGUCCCGUGGAGGGUGAGGAUUUUGCGGGGUACAUCUCUGUCGGCUUUGGGACAGAAGGUGGAGGUGAGAGGUAUAGUCACUGCACAAUCUGCGGAUGGGGCAAGUGAGAGGAGGAGGAAGCCAGGCAAGAAACGACGCGUGAUUCUGCGGGAGCGGAAAAGGAAGAUAGAGGCGCGGGAAGAGGCGAAGAGGAAGGAGAGGGAAGGCAAAGAGGAGGCUGAGCGGGAAAAACGGACGCGGAGGAAUCGAGAGAAGAAGGUGAAGCGGAAGGUGAAGGAGAAGGCUUUGAAAGCCUGCAACCCUGAAGCUUCUGCCUCUGCCUCUGUUCCUGUCAACGAUCAAUCAGGCAGCGAAUAA